CUCCGACUCUCCAAUUCUUUUUCGUGAGCGUUCAGCUGUGGUUGAUAUGGGGAGUGAUUGUGCGAAGUGCUGUUUACCUGGUUGAUGGUAUUCACAGAUCUAGCUGAUGGACUUGGUCACUCUAGCCGUCGAUGACUUAGUGGUGAACAUGGCAGUCUGCAAUGGUCAAUCACGGUCUUUUGAAGGCCAAUUUCAGAUAUAAUAAGGACCGCAAUGGCGUUAAACACCAACUACCCAGCAACAGAGCAAGUAUCUCCCACCGAACAGCAAUACAAAGCCCCAUCAUGGAACCUGUGGAACCUGCUUACCAAAAAGUGUUUGACCCCAAUCUUCCAAUUCACAAACACUAUAUUCCAAAGAAGCUGGUGAAAGAUGAGUCUAAGCUUGAUAACGCAAUUAUUGGACUUUUUGGAGCCUGGGACUUUAGCUUCGUCAAUCGCUACGACGCAAAAGAGGAAAUGAUCACAGUCGAAACAAACGAUGAUCAAUCGAUAAACGUGAAAGAGUACCUGCAAAAGCUGGGAGUUCUGGAACAAGACUAGACUGCUCGAUAGUGAGAAUUGAAG